AUUUUUAAAUGCCCAUUUAAUGUAAGUAAGUAUAAAUUGCAAAAGCAGUUUUAYAUUUCAACGGUGUUUUCUCUUUUCAUUUACUGAUUUAGUUAUGACAGUAAAGCUUUGCUUUAGGAGUAAGAACAUGUUUAAGAUAAUUAAAAUAUUAAAACCUCRUAAGUGUCAUUUUGAGCCAUAUUGCAAAAUUAAACUUUUUUUUUUUCUUCCAGUGAAGUCCAUUUGGCCAUCCUUGCUCUUUUAAAACAUCYUUAGAUUGUUGGAUACUUAGUAUAAAUGCUGAAGACAUUAAGUACACUAAUUAGUGUUGGCAUCUGACUGAUCAGCUCCUCUGUAAUCCCAAACCAACUUUGCCUUCUUUUCCUUGAUUUGGUUUAGUUUGCAUAGCCAGCAGACCAAAGCAUUGUAAGUAAUGACUGUGAAAUUACCUGAAAGUAACAGGCCUGUGCGAAUAACACUGAAAGAGAUGAGAGAGAUGUGAGGGUUUCAAAGUGCAGAUACUUGGGGACCCAAGUGUAUCCUCAGCUCUUUCCUGUGCUGGUGUGCUGGUGUAUGCCUCGGAUUUUUAAUGCUGAGGCCAAGUGCUAUGUUUGGAUCACUUCACUCUUGAUAACUCCCUCAGCCUCCAAGCAGAGCGGCUGCAUGCAAACUGCGUUUUGAUAGUGAUCCACAGUAACUCUUGAGCUGUAUCCAGGCAUAGUCUGGGUGAGUGUUAAGUGRCUUGGACCAAAACAGUGUGAGAAUAAUGCAACCACACGUCCUGGCAAUAUUUAAUGCUCUGUCUUAAUUUGUUAGGAUCAGUACAGUCUGGGUAUCCAGUGAAUGUGAGUUACUGGUGUCUAGCAGGAGGUGUCACCUAGUGAGAACUUGGGGCUGUUACCUUAUGGGCUGUGGGAAUGGUGAAUUCUGAGGAAGAAGCAGCUGUUGUGUUGAGCCACUUCUAACUGAGGACUGAAAAUGCCAGCCGUUGAAAGUGAGGCAAAGGCAAAAACCAAAGUCCGCUUUGAGGAAAUCUUCAGACGCCAUGCUAGCCUAGUAGAUGCAAAGAAACCGAAGRAAAAAAAGUUUGAAUCUCAAGAGAGUAUUGUGCUUGAUACCUUUAGAAAUAAUAUUGAUCUAUCUAAGGAAAGUGUGAAUGAUGAAGCAAUUAUAAACAACACAUAUAAUCCUGAAGAAGAGAGCCCCAGAUUUACUAAAAAUAAAUUGAGAGAGAAAGCAUCAAUUGCAGAGAAAAUAAACAAUGAUGUUGUUAGUGGAGAGGAGAACAAGCAGCCAAAAUCCAACAGAAAGAAAAAGAAGUCACUGUUACAAGAAGAAUUUAAUGAGGAAGAAGAUUUAUAUGAAGCUAAAUUGGAUAGUUUUGAAAAAAAGACUAAUGAUUUUCCAAAGAAGAAAACAAAAAGUAAAUCACCAACAGAUGUACCUCAUCAAGAAGGUGAUAGAAAGAUCAAAAAUUCCUUGACAGAAGUGAGAAAUGUAACUGAACUAGAAGAAGAAGAGGAGCUAAUUCAAGCCUAUCAGCUGCAUGUGGCUGAGGAAGAAGCAAAUGCAAUUAGAAAGAAAAUGAGAAAGAAACUUAAAGAACAGAUGUCUGAAUCUACCUUCACUGUUCAAAGGCAUGAAGUUGCAUUGAAUAAUGAAGUGGGCAAAAAGAAGAARAAGAAGAAAGAGCAAGCAGUUUUAAGUGAAGCUGAAACAAGUGCAAUGUCCCUUUCUGAACUGCAGCAUCAUCCAGAAGAAGGUGGCAAUGAAAAUCAGUCAUUUGAAAGACUGUUUACAUCAGAAGGACAGAAACUGGAGGAAAGCAUGGAUAAACAGAAACCUAAAGCCAAGAAGGCUAAGAAGAAAACCAGAAAAGAAGAAACCACAGAUGUUGCUGUAGAAAAUGAUGAGGAAAUUAGGAAUUCAGAAAUUUCAACUCAGUCUAAAUUUGAUUUUGAUGAUGAUCUUGUUUUGGGAGUUUAUGUUCAUCGAUCGGAUCAACUUAAAAUUCAUCACUUGGUAUCUAAUCCUGUGGUUAAAAUCCAUAUUGUUGAUCAGAGAAGUGGCUUAUAUGUCAAGAAGGAUUACAGCCAGAGGGAAGUUUCAUCUUAUGAACAAGAAGAAAUAGAUCACAUUCUUCCUAUUAUGACACARCCAUGUGACUUUAGAAAGUCUAAAUCAACAAUUCCAGAGUGGGAAGAGCAAGUAAUAUUUAAUGAGCGUUUUACUUAUUUUAUUCAAAACACUGAGGAAAACCCUCAGGUUAUCCUAUUUUUUGAGGUCCUUGAUUCUCCAAGUAUGCAUGAAGUGAGAGCCAACUCUGAUGUGCAAAUUCAGGAAGRUCGUUACCGAAAAAUUUGUUGGGCAUUUCUAAAGCUUGUAGGUGCAAAUGGAGUUUUAAACGUUGGUGGAAAACUUCGUCUACAAUUAUAUUAUCCACCUUCAAGGACCAAGUCACAUUCAAAUACUGUUGAGGUUUAUGACUGGUGGGCAAAAUGUCCYAGAAAUCGGUACCCAUCAACUUUAUACAUAACUGUAAAAGGCCUAAAACCACCAGAUCAUGUUGGUCCUUCUUUUCACUCUAUGGAAGCUGCUCAAAAGGAACAAAUUAAUACAGCACUGUCUGAGCGCCAGAGAGAAGGAUGUGAACCUUCUUCAGAGGAGAAAAAGGAACCAUUUAAAUGGUCAAGAUUGCCUGGACAGGCUUGCCGCAUACCCAACAAGCACUUGUUUUCCCUGCGAGGUGGAGAUAUGGGCUGUUUCUGCAUCCGCUUCUCUCAUGAUGGGAGAACACUGGCAGCAGCGUGUGCUGGAAGGAAUGGCUAUUCCAUUGUUUUGUAUGAAAUUCCUUCUGGACAGUUCCUGAGAGAAUUUUAUGGUCACCUUAACAUAGUGUAUGAUCUUUGUUGGUCAAAAGAUGAUCAAUACCUUCUUACUGCAUCCUCUGAUGGCACUGUCAGAAUGUGGAAAAUAGAAGCGCAGGCGGCAUCUGCAGUGAGAGUUUUCCCUCAUCCUUCAUUUGUCUACACUGCCAAGUACCACCCAGUUGCUGACUCCUUGGUUGUGACGGGAUGUUAUGACUCAGUGAUUAGAAUCUGGAAUGCAAAUGUGGAAGAAAUCCAUGGGCAACUGCUGCAGGAGCUUGAUGGUCACAAAAGUUUCAUCAACACACUUUGUUUUGAUGCAGAAGGACACCACAUGUUCUCAGGAGAUAGUUCAGGACUGAUAAUAGYUUGGGAUACACCUGUCAAAGGAAGUUCUCAACACCUUUUCCAGCAGUGGAGGAUCAAUAAGGAAAUAAAAGAAAAUGAUAUUAAAGGAACACCAAUAAAUCAUUUGGAAGUGCAUCCGAAUGGAAGGCGUUUAUUAAUCCAUGCCAAAGACAGUGCCCUGAGAAUUAUGGAUCUCAGAAUCUUGGCCACAAAGAAAUACAUAGGUGCCACAAAUUACAGAGAAAAGAUUCACAGCACCUUAACACCCUGUGGUACGUUCCUGUUUUCAGGAAGUGAAGAUGGAAAGGCUUAUGUUUGGAAUCCAGAAACAGGAGAUCAAGUGGCCAUCUAUUCUGAACUCUCCUUCACAUCUCCACUUCGUGAUGUUGCCUUUCAUCCACACGAGCACAUGGUGUCUUUUUGUGCCUUUGGUCAAAACCAUCCAAUACUUGUAUACAUUUAUGAUUAUAAAGUUGCACAACAGGAAGCUGAACUUGUAAAAGAUCUCAGUUCAUCACUUACCACAGCUGCACCAAGAGGGCCACACUUCUUUAGCCAUUUUUCUGAAAUUCCUGUACAAAAAAGCUCAGUGGUAUCUCCAGCAGAUCAGUUUGUCAGUGUUGCAAGAGCCUCAAUGAGAAUGCAGAAGGUGAAACAAAAACUUGAUUCUGUUCUGGCAAGCUCAAAUCUCUUGCUUCCUGCACCAUCAUCUCUGUCACCACACUCCAAGCUAAGACUGCCAGGCACUCUGAGUACUCCGCUGAAUUCUCUGUACUCUUUCACUACUGARAGUGGGUGCAUCAGCCCAGUAGGAAAUCCUCUUAGUCGAACACUAUUGGGUAGACUACAUACGAAUGAUGACAGCCUGACUGCAUUGGGAGUGGGAGGAGGAAACAGUUGUCCACCCGGGAGAGAGACAGUAGUGGCUCUUUAUGACUACACAGCGCAUCGAUCAGAUGAGCUAACCAUCCAUCGCAGUGACAUUAUCCAAGUGUUAUACAAAGAUAAUGAUAACUGGUGGUUUGGCAGCCUAGCAAAUGGACAGCAAGGCUAUUUUCCAGCUAAUUAUGUGGCUGGUGAAAAAGAAUAUGAAGAACAGCCUUUAGGAUUARUACCAGAUUCUGCUCCUCUCCUACCAGAAGGAUCAACAGAAGCAGAGGAAGGUUCUCUGACACUAGAUAAGAUGUCACCAGUCACCAGUAAGUCAGGGAACCUAAAAUCUAUCUCCAAACAUGUCACAGAUGAAGACUCACCUGCAAUACAAGGUACAAAGAAAAAGAAGAAAAGGAUACAAAGGAAUGAGAGAGAAAAUCAGCACAACUUAAUGAGUGUCGAUACUCCUCUGUCAUCAGUUACAGCUAAUGGUGUUGAAAACGAACCUACAUCCCAUGGGGUGGAAUUGAAGAAGAAGAAGAAAAAGGCAGCGAGAAGCUCAAACUUAAGCACAAAUGGAAGGACAAAUACUGCCUUUGAGCCAGAAUGCCAUGACGCACAGCCAUAAUUUAUUUCAGAAUACUGGGGUGAUCUUCAUAACACAUUUUAUACGCUGUAAUUACGAUCUCUCUUCUAGGAUUAACAACAAAGAAAUUAGAAUACUUAAAUAUGCAAAAUGGUACCAGUUAUGACCUACCAGUGGUGCAAACCUGUUUUGGAUGAAUUUUGCCCUGCGUUCCUUGAAAUCUACAGAACUUGGAGAUUCAGCUCCUUACUGGAUUGAGAAAGAACUGACACUUUCAAAUACAUUGUUUGCUAAUUUGAUAUCUGAUUAAAUCUUCACUUGGGCGUUUAUGUAGGCUUUAGAUCAGUCCACUGGGAGCAGAGAAUCAAGUGGAAAAGUGUGAAAACAAGCCCAACCACUACAUAAGUUACUAAAUGAAUGUUUUAAAGUGUGCUGUAAGUAGAAURGAAGGGUGUUCAGAACGGUAAAAUACCAAAGGAGUGCUGACAUUAAGGUGAAUCUGAAAAGACAAGCUUUUAAAAAAUAUUUUCCUGACAUCAAAUAUAUGUUGGGACUGCAUUUUGCAGUUCUGAAGGGAAUUGUGGGGUAGCUACCUAUGCAACUACACUGUCUUCAGUAGGACUAGUUGUUCCUAUCAAAAUAAAUUAGUGUUGCAAAUUCCAGGGAGUUACAUUUUUCAAAUGAGGUGUUCGGCACAUAGGAAAGAUUCAUUGCAGUUUUUUCAGAGUUCCUGGCUGCUUUGGCAGCACUCUUGCCAAAUAUACUUUCUUUUGUCUCAAUGAUAUAUUUCACAUCCAACUAUGCUGUUUGUUUUACUUGUAGUCUUUAUUCACUUGUACCAUUAAUUAUUUUUUUACUUGAGUAUUAUUUUGUGAACUUCUACUAAUGACUUCCCUAAUUAUCUAUGGUGUUAAAUAAUUUAUAUUUUAUAUUAAACAAAACACUUUCUAUCA